AUGUUGGAAGUUGGCUUAGUUGCCCUUUCGUUUGAACCUGAUGGUAAGAUUAACGAAACAGGCAAUGAAACUAUCAAUUUCAUUGAUAAUGGCACCAAUAUGUUAUGCACCUUGAGAAAUAAUGGUGGAUUAGGACUCACUUGUAAAUCUUUGGAAAGUGACCAAGUUAUAUCGUUGAGAACAAAAGACAAAGGAGCAACUAAACGCGUGAAGUUUUCUCCGAAUAAGAAGUUGGUGAUGUUUCAUAGGCAAUCUUUCUCUGUGGAUAUUGUAAUUGUAAAUACCACAAAUGCCAUGGGGUCAGUUGAGUUUUCCGUGAACUCGAAAUAUCAGGAGCCAUUGAUCGCUGUGGAAUGGCUGAAUGAUUCCCAGUUGUUGCUUGUUAGUAAAAAAUUUAUGGAGCUCGUCACUAUAAAUGAAGCUAAACAAACAUAUAAACUGCAAAAGUCAGCUGUAGUUGCAUCCUCUUGGUGUAUAUUCUAUGCUAAAUGCAAUAUUUGCAUUCUUGGAGACAAUAGAACUAUUCAACCUGUGGUGAUAAAUCAAGGACAAUUCCACAUGAUGAAGAAGUUCGAAAUAGAUUUCGCUGGACCGAAUGAAAAUAUACCAGAAAACGAUGUUUUGGUAACAACACUUUAUGGAAAACUUUAUGUUAUGGUUUUCAAAUGCAAUUCUUCUAAUGGCUUGACUGAUCUAGUUUUGUAUGAGCUAGCUACAGAUGACAAAAGCGCUUCAACGUUGAAGCACACGCUUACUCUUGGCUUCGAGAUGAAUGGGAUAGGAAUCAACAUCAUCGAUAAUCUAGUCAUUGUCCAUCAUCAGCCAUCGCGGAAAUCAAAAAUUUUUGACAUCAAUUUAAGCACUGGUGACGUUCACGAUGCCAUUGUCACAACAUCCAUCACCGCAAGCGAUGGCUGUACUCCAGCUCCUGCUCUCUACUCUAGAAUGUGGAAGAUUUUCCAGCCUUACGCAAUAGCAGAUUCCAUGAUGGGAGUGAUGUAUAAACUCAUAAUCCAAUAUGAUAAAGCAGAGAACUGCAUUGAGGAUAAAUUUGUCCUCAUUCAUUUUCUUAUGAACCGAUCUAAUCAAACUUCAUUAACUAUAUCAACUUUACUAGGAUGUGUCAAGAAGCGGGAGUUAUCUUUGAGAAAGCUAGGAAAAUUAUUUGCUCUGAUUGCUGAAGUCAGUUCUGCUCCUGAUAAAGCGAAUGAAACCUCGAAUGCAAAAAAAGUCAUUAACGUUGUAUACACCUCUCCACUUACCACAUACUUUUCGCAACAAACUAAACUAAUUAGCGGGUUCUUCAUUCCUCUCAAGGACGAUCUUUCAGAAGAUUCAAAGUAUGUGGGUGACAUCAUGUUGCAAUACUUGAAUGCGUUACAUAAAGCGGAAACAGUGGUGGAUGAUUAUUUUCUGGAAUUGCUUGUACAAACUUUAGCGGAUGCAGGAGAGUUGACGACACUGCAUCAACUUGUUACAUAUAGGGUGAUUUCUGAUUUGAAGCCGUUAGCUUCUCUUUUGUUAGGAUAUGAGGCUAGGUGUAAACAACUUUUUCAAUCAGGGGUUGACAUACUCUGCAGGCAGAAAGGAAUCACAGAAAUCAUUGAAGUUCUGCUAUCAAAAGGUUUAGUAAUCGAUGCCGUUAGGUUCUUAGACUCGCCAAGCGGGAAUAUCAACUACAGCCAUGCGAAGUUAAUCGAAGCCGCCAAUCGUAAAAAUAGAUUCGUUCAAUACGCGGUUGUGAGCCAUUUGGCAAGUAAAAAGGGUAAAUCAGCGGAAAUAACAUCUUUUACCGAAGAUGAGAUAAAGGGAGCGGAAAGAGAGGUUGCUCUCAACAUACUGUAUGAUUAA